AUGAUUUCGUUAAACUUCACACUCUACCGUUUAGUGUGCGAUGUGACGACGUACACUGGGCUAUUUGCCCCGGAUUCCGAGGGUCGCCGGAUUCAGGACACAUCUGCCUUUGUCUGUUGCUGGUGUCGAGUUCCCCGACAGCGCUCGGCGACAUCUAUUGAGCCGAGUGGCUGCACCCCAGAGGCUUUUUUCAAGUCUCAGGGGUUGGACAUGGUUCUCAGCUUCCACAGUGCGACAGGGAGUAUUGAGAUCGACAGCGACACGGAGGUCAUCGCCUUCAAGAUGAAGCCUGUCAGCUACGUUGGCGGUCCUGCUCCAGUGGUGGCAAAGGGAACAUUGGACCCACUGCCCUAUAUUGGAAAACCGGCGAAAAAUUACGCCAUCAAGCUGCGCGAGGCUGCCGGGCAGGUAAUCGGCAAGCUUCUUUUUGCACUGGAGGCAAGAGAACCAGAGCCUGAAAACAAAGGAGUCCCAGCGAAAGAACUCCGCCUACGUGGCAUAAAACGUGCGGCGUCUGUUAACAAAUCUAAAUCACCUCCUGAUAGCAAACAGAGUGCCGACACCCAGAACCACCUACUCCCGCAAAACCGUCAUUAUGAUACUGGCAAUUCCAAAGCGUUUCAAAGUCAAAUACAAGCCCAUAAACAAGAUGUUAUUUCCCUUUCUCCGCCGAGUUCUGCAGGGACUCGACGUAACUCCUCGGUACUUUUACACGAUCGCCAUGACAAUAGAAGAAACACGGCAACUCUGGCGGAUGUACCUAUAAUAAGUCAAUCAUGUACUCCAGAAUCUCGGUAUAUGGAGAUUGUUAUUGAGAAGAUUGCCGUGAAGAAUGAGGCAAUUAACUUAGAUAAUCCAGCACCAUUGCUUUUGGGAGGGAUUUAUUACCUAAAGGCGCGAUACGGCGGGAUUACCUCGAGUACACCAUCUGUUCAAUGUCAAAGUCCGAGGGAAAUUAAAUAUUCGCACCGUGUAAAAUUUCUUGAGGCACCUGGUAAAUCCGAGAAACUUCGUUUCUCCCUGUGGGAAGAUGACCGUCAGGUGGCGGGAUUUUCACUGGACCCUGUCAAGUUCUCUGUGCCUCCCGGCGUUUGGAAGGAGUACUCCAUUCCGUUUCGCUACUAUCCGACGCAACAGGCAAUCUCCCUGGAGGUAGCUGUGCGCCGUGUCAAGGCUGCCGAAGAGAAGUUAGUCAACAAGAAGGAAGAGAAUGAGGAGAAAAUUGAUGUGUCUAUCGUGAAAAAUGCAACGCCGUCUUCAGAAGCCAAGGAGCCACCAACUCAGCCACCAUCUGAGGCGACGAAGGUCACGGAGCAGAAGUCUGAGUCUUUUCACACGGUUCUGUGUACUCAGGAUGGGAUUCCUGCCUCAUCGAGUGGCUUUCCCCCUGCGGAACCAAUGAGUUACCAGCGCAUAAACUCAGCAAGGGGCUACGUACAGAAGGGAUAUUUGGAUUCCAAUGUACGACAAAGUCACUGGAGGAAUGCUGUGCCACAGGACGACAAGGAUAACUCAAGAGAAGGACCCACACCAUUAGGACCUCAACCAAUACAGCGUGGUAGAAGCCUGGGGGAUGCUGACGCAUAUACACCCUAUUCCAUCUCGGAGAAUGAUCAGCGAGGUCUUCGUGUCCGUGCUGGAGAAGCCGUCACUAAGGGACGGACUGAACGGGACGGAGAAACGAAUAGCGACAAUCGAAUGCAGUCAUUUUUGGAUCAAAUUGCUUCUUCUGACCUGCGUUCUUUUUCUGCCACACGGCAAGCGGCGCAAGGAAUGGAAUUGCCGAGAGCGUCUUUGAGCCACCGCAGCAUCGCAUCCAAUAGAAUGGAAAAUGACGGGGAUUUGAGGCGAGAAGAACGUGACGCCACACCUUUGCGCAAUCGUUUUUUCUAUACCGCAAGCCCCAACCGAAAGGGGGAGAGGCGUCUCUCCGCGUGUGGCACAAGUGGCAGCUCUACAAGGGAGCGUUUUUUGCAGAUGCGGUCCAAAUCCUUGAACGCCAAUUCUGACGGUCCAAGGAGUGAUGUGGCGUCUCUUAGCGACAUUACAAAUGGCUUUGAACGAAAGGCACAUUCACUGAACAUCCGAGGUGGUACUUUUACAACGCCGCGCCCUUCGCUAAUGAAAGAAUGGCUGGAGUGGCGUGAGCAGAGGGCCUCUGCUCAAGUGUCGCGGGCAGGGUCUGUGCAUAGUGCCUUUAGCCGAAAUGACUCAGUUGAUUCCAUUGCAUCUCGUAAUCGAGCAGUAAGCCCACUUCCAACGAAGUCUUUUGCUCAUUUGUCCGAGCAACGACCGUACCAGCCGCAAUAUGUCCGGCGGUCGUUGAGCAGGAGCUCCGCCACAAAUGGGCGACCACCGCUGCCAAUCCGCUGA